GCUCUGGAGAACCCAGCAGGUUCAUCCCAUUGAUUUUAAUAAGAGCGGUGUAAUUCCUCCUUUCCCCUGUGGUGGCGCUGCAGGGAAACUGAACACUCGCUGCAGUGUCUAUAGCGGACACGUAGUCAAUAAAGUUUUAUAAGAAAUUGAACAAAGAAAAAGUGUAACCAGUACAAACCUGCAGCAGAAAGGAGGGGGGAGGGGGGGGGGGGCGCUAAUAUAUAGGAAAACAGCUAAUAUCUGCUUUAUAUUUCAUAAAUGCAAAAGUAAAUCAUACAAGAGAAAGGGAGUCCAUGUGCUGCUACUUAGGCUGCAGUGCAAAAGCAAAAAAGCACUACAAGUAGCAGCAGGCACACAUAUUGACAACCUGCAUCACGGCUCUACUUACUGUACAUUUUUGAUCAAAAAUAUGUCAAAAAAAUGGCUGCAAAAAUUGCUAAACCCUUAAUGCAAUGUAAAAAAUUAGAAUGUUAUAUGUUUGCAUAUGUCCUAGCGCCCCGGGGUGUAUCGUAUCUAUAAGAUGGGAGGGAGAUGCUGGAGUGGUACCCAGAUCCGGAUGUAGAGGAGGGAGGGAGGGCACAGCGCGGGCAGAGGGGGAGGGGGAGGAGGAUGCUGAGGAGGAGGAGGAGGAGGGGGAGGGGUGUCCGUGUGUGACUGCAGUCAGAGCAGAGGACGCAGGGACGUACACAUCUCCAUUAUACAUCGCUGCAGCCGCACCAUGACCAGCCAGUCCCAGGGGAUCCAGCAGCUGCUGCAGGCAGAGAAGAGGGCGGCCGAGAGGGUGUCCGAAGCCCGGAAACGUAAAGCCCGGAGGCUGAAGCAAGCCAAGGAGGAGGCCCAAGUGGAGAUCGAGCAGUACCGGGUGGAGCGGGAGAGGGAGUUCCAGAGCCAGCAGCGCACCGCCUUGGGCACCCAGGGGGACCUGUCCUCCGAGAUUGAGACCCGGACCCGGCAGACCCUCCAGAUGGUCCAGAGCAGUCAUGGGAAGAACAAAGAGGCCGUUCUGAGGAGGCUCCUGACCCUGGUGUGCGACAUCAAACCCGAACUGCACCCCAACUAUCGCUUCACCAACUACUGAGCGCCCCCCACCACCCCGGUGCCCGCUGUGCCCGUGUGUAUGUGGAGAGUAAGUGUCCAUGUGGUGUGUAGCAGGAGGGGCACGCCCUAAAAACAUAUCACCUUCUGUGAGGUGCGGAGCAGCUGAGAACCCCUCCUCCCCGUGUCGUUACCCAUAAUCCUCUCUGUUAUGUGAUUGUAUGACGAACAAUAAAGACACAACUUAUCGUGUAA